UCAUCAUCAUCAUCAUCAUGGCAAUUUUUAUUCUUUGAAUGAUAUAUAAAAUCUAUGUCUUAUUCACAUAUAAAAUUCGUGCAUGUGAUUCUUAUCAAACUUGACGACUUAUCUUAUUUUAUUUUUUGUUUUUGUUGUACAUAUAGUAUUGUAAAAAAGUGGCCUUGUUUUAUUAUUCCGUAUUGUCGAUUUUUUUUUCGUCACUCGUUCAAUGAUCAACUUGAAUGAUAUUUAUUCUUGGACAUAAUGGAUUCCUCCAAAACAAAUGAUAAAGAACAAUCAACAGAAAUUAUCAAUAAUAAUUUGAAUGUGGAACAAUCAUCAUCAUCAUCAACAACAACAAAAACAGAUAUGAAAAUUAGUGAAGAUCAUGUUGAUUCAACAAUGAAGGAUGAUGAUGAUAAUUCAGAAUGUAAUGAUGAAGAUAAUUUAGCUGAUGAAAAUGAACAACAAACCGAAGAGAUUAAAAAAGAAGAAUCAAAUCAAGAUGUAAAAAAUACUAAUGAUGAUGACGAUGAUAAUGAUGUAGAAAUGGCCGAUGACGAUAACAAUGAUAAUGAGUUGAUAACAAGACGAAGUUUACGAGCUUCAACAACAGCGAAUAGUAAUAACGAAAGUAUGGCUUCCACAAUGAAACAAGAAGCAUCAUCAACAACACCAUCUGAUAAAAGAGGAAGAAAACGAAAAUCAUUAUCAUCAACUGAUUCACCAUCAUCCAAAUUGCCUAAAUAUGAAUUCAUUCCGAUUAGUUUGGAAGCAAAAACCAUAGUGUUGAACGAUAAUCCGAAAUAUAUUUUUGAUCGUCAAAAAUUGAUUAGUGUUCCACCAAAAGAUGGAUGUAUAUCGGUCGGUGAUCUUAUUUGGGCUAAAAUGCAAGGCUAUCCAUGGUGGCCAUGUAUGGUCACUGUUGAUCCAUGUACUGGCAGUCAUAACCGUGUUUCACGAACCACAUUCAAAACUGAAUAUCAUGUUCAAUAUUUUGGACCGGAACCUUCACGUGGCUAUAUAAAUGAAAGCAAUAUUAUUCCUUUCGAAGGAUAUCAACAAUUUCGCGAUAAAAUUGAAGAUGAAUUGAAAGAUUUGGAUAAAAAGAAACGUGCAAAAUCUGAACAAAAAUAUAUUGUCCGUGGAUCAUUGCUCAAAAAAUGGAAUGAAUCCAUUUCGGAGGCUGAAGAAGCAAUGGAUUUAAAUCGCGAAGAUCGUCUUGAAUUAUUGAAUUUCAAUUACGUAAGGCAAUCUGAUUUACAGAUAUCGAAUCGAUCACAACAUCAACAAAGAGCUACGCCAUCAUCGUCAAAAAAAGUUUCGCAACAAAAUUCUGGAAAAGCAGCAAAAAACAAUGAAGAUGUCUAUGCAUUUGACGAUGAUGAUGCAUUUGGUGAUAGUACAUUACCCACUGGAUUUGUGUUCCGAAAACGACUACCAAAAGGUGAUUUUAAUGUCUACCUAAAACGUCAUCUUGAAGAAGAGAUUGAAAAUAAUUCAGAUCUCAGCAAAUCGGAAGUGAUUAAAAAACUAAAAGAAAAAUGGUCUGGAUUAGAUGAAGCAAUUCGUUCAAUUUAUGUAGAACGAAAAGCUAUCUAUGAAGAUGAAUCAAACAUGUUGGUCUCGAAACGUUCAAAUUUUGAUGAUGAUUAUUUUAACGAUGAUGAUUCUGACUAUGAUUACAAUGAUAGCGAUUCUGAUCGCAAUGGAUUUGGUUUUAAUGAUGAUCAAAGUGGUGAACAAUUUAAUAAUGAUCAAAAAUCUGCCAUGACCAGUGUUAAAAUGAAAUCUCGACGUACAAAAUCACGUAAAUCGGAAAAAUUAUUUGAUAAAAUUAAAAAUCAAGACCAUUCGACUGAAGACUUGGAUAAUGAGGAAGAAAUUACCAAAAAUGAUGAUAAUGAUAAUAUUGAAAAUAAUGAUAAAAGUUCAAUUGUUGACAAUGGUGACGAUACAAAGCCCGGUCCGGUCAAAACUAUGAAAAAAACUCCUGGUCGUAAAUCACGCAACAAUAAAAAACAAUCUGAUCUCAAUGAAAGCCAACAAAAUGAUUCCGAACAAAUGAAAACAAAAUCUUUGUCUAAAUCAAAUGAUGAAAAUUCAACUAGUUCUACAAACAAAAAACGAAAAUCUACCACACAGAAUUUAAAUAUAUCAAAAUCUUCCACUUCUGAGAAAAAAAAAUCAACUACAAUUAGUUUAUCAAAAUUAUCCGAAUCAAAUUCUUCCAUCGAAAGAUUGUGUUUUGAAUUCGAUCAUGUUGAGGAAGAUGAUAGUACACAAAGCGAUACUAGCGAAAAACCGAAAAAGAUUAAACUAAUAAGACGUUAUUGUCAUCAUUGUGGUGAAGAAGUAAAAAAAGAUGAUAAAUUGGUCACAUGUAAAGGUGAUUGUGAACGAAUGUUUCAUCUUAAAUGUAAUAAAUAUAUACGAAUGAUUGCUUUGGAUGAUGGCGAUUACAUUUGUGAUGAAUGUCAAAUGGGUAAAUACAGAUGUUUUGCUUGCAAAAAUCCAGAUGAUUUGGAUACGCAAAAAUGUGAAGAUAAACGUUGUAAAAAAUAUUAUCAUUUAUCCUGUCUGGAGCAUUACUAUCCGAUUCGUGUGAAUGAACAAUCGAAUUCAUUCGUAUGUCCAUUACAUAGUUGCAUAACAUGUCAUUUAUUGACUUUGGAUGAUGAUGAAUAUCGUCAUAGUAAUCGAAAAUUAAUGAAAUGUAUCCUUUGUCCGGUUGCAUAUCACGCCAACGAGAUUUGUAUAGGUGCUGGUACGAUGCAAUUACCAGAUUCUCAUAUAAUUUGUCAAGACCAUUAUGAAGAUUUUAAUACGAAUCGUAAUAAUCGUCAUAUUAAUGUCAACUAUUGUAUGGCCUGUAUUAAAGUUGGCAAUUUAAUUUGUUGUGAACGAUGUCCGGCCGCAUUUCAUGAAGAAUGCCUUGAAUAUAAAUUUGAUCAUGAAAAAAAUUUCUAUUGUCAAAAUUGUUUGGUUCAUAAACACAUACAUUAUGGUGAAAUCGUAUGGGUUAAACUGGGCCAAUAUCGUUGGUGGCCCGGUCGAAUUGUUCAUCCAAAUCAGCUACCAGAUAACGUUUCGAACAUCAAACAUAGUGAUUGUGAAUUUCCUGUUUAUUUUUACGGUUCACAUGACUAUUAUUGGGUGAACAAAGGCCGUACAUUUCUUUAUAUGGAAGACGAUAAUAAACUUCUUACCUCAAAUUCGGUCAGUAAAAAUAGCAGUAAACUUAUCAAGUCAUUCAAUAUAGCGAUUAGAGAGGCAUCUGAAGAAUUUGAAAAAUGGAAAAAAGAUAAAGUGACCAAAAAUCUUUCUCAGAUAGCUAACAAACCUCCUCCAUACCAACACAUUUGGACAAACCGUUAUGUAUCGAAAAGUCACAAUAAUAAUAAUAGUGAAUCAAAUUAUCAUGUUUGUGAUUGUAAACCGGAAAAUCCCUGUGGUGAUAGCCACAAUUGUUUGAAUCGAAUAAGCUUGAUCGAAUGUGACCCGAAAAAAUGCCCGACCGGUGAAAAAUGCCAAAAUCAACGAUUUCGUAAAUUAGAAUAUGUAAAAUGUAAGCCUUUUCGAACAGCGAGUGCUGGAUGGGGCCUUAGAACAUUGGAAGAUGUUGAAAAGGAUCGUUUUGUCAUUGAAUAUUGUGGUGAAGUUAUUGACGAAAAAGAAUGUCGUCGACGUUUGGAAACAAAGACAAACAAAAAUUUCUACUACCUUACAUUGGACAGAGUUAAUAUCAUUGAUGCCGGACCGAAAGGAAAUCUGGCUCGUUUCAUGAACCAUUCGUGUGAUCCGAAUUGUGUUACCCAAAAAUGGAUGGUCAAUGGCGCCACUCGUUGUGGAAUAUUUGCAUUGAAAGACAUUCCUGCAGGAACCGAAUUAACAUUCAAUUAUAAUCUUGAUUGUUAUGGCUUUGAACAAAUGGAAUGUAAAUGUGGUUCAGACAACUGUACUGGGUUUAUUGGCGGUAGCCGUCCAAAUGGAAAUGGCAACGGUUCAAACGUUAACAAAAAUGGUAAACGAAUUACCAAUGGAUCUUCAUCAUCUACGACUGUGGUGUCUAAAUCCAAAAAUGGCAAUGGGACAAAAUCAACGAAUAAUAACAAUGGAAACAAGAGUAAGCAAGAAAUGAAUGAAUCAAAUGAUCAAUAUUCGAAGGCCGAUGCAUCUGGCGAUGAACAAACAUUAGGAGUGGUGCAUGAAAAUGUCUGUUUUAAAUGUGGUGAAAAUGCCGAUUCGGAUGAUCCGAGUCCUAUCAUUCAUUGUAACCAUCGUGAAUCAAACUGCACCAAAACUUAUCAUUUAAAAUGUCUGAACAAAUCUGAUAAAUCUGAUCUGAUUGGCAGUACUGAUGCUGAUAUUGGUGUCGGUCUUGACCCGAAUAACUGGAUCUGUCCACGGCACAUCUGCAUGAAAAGCCAACUACCCGAUAAUUCUUGUAAUGAGCCUGCUUUUCUAUUCUGUUCCGUUUGUCCUAAUUCACUUUGCAAACAGCAUGCUUCCACUAUGACAGAUAAUCUUCAACUUCCUGAUAAUCAAUUUCUUUGUGGCGAUCAUCGUAUUAGUGAUGUUGAAGGUGGCCUUAUCGUUGAAAAUGAAUUUAUUGAUAACGAUGGAGAUGAUGUUGAAAUGAUAAAUGGUGUUCCAGAAUAAUCAUUUUUAAUAGAGAAUCAUGAAUAUUGAAUCGUUUUUUCAAUCAUCAUCAUCACACACACAAUGUUGACAAAUAAUCAUUCAUUCAUUUUGCAUUUCUUUUUUUUUUUUUUUUUGAUCAUCAAAAACAUUUGACUCAUCAGAUAUUUUGUAUCAUAUUAAUAAGUUAUCAGUUAAGAUAAAUAAUCAUCAUUGAAUCUAUCUCUCCCUUUUAAUA